AUGCGACAUUACAACUUAGUGAGCAAAAUCGGUCUCAGGAAAAACCUGAGAGGGAACUCGCAGACGAACCUUCAGGCGAACCUGCAGGCGAAGCGAACCUUUAGCGGAGGGGUGAACGGAGAAAAGGUGAAAUACGUGAAGGAGGGAAAGGGCAAGUACAUCCUCUGUACAGCAGUCACAUCAGUGGCACUCUCAAUCGGGCUGACCUACGCAUAUGAGAACUAUGUUCUUUACAGAUGGAACCAUAAGUAUGACUAUGCAUACAAUCCGUAUAUGAAGGAUAUCGAAAAUAAGUUAAAAGAGAAAAAGGAAGGAAAGAGAGAAAAAAAACAUGUGUCCAAAAAUAUAAUACUUGUCCGACAUGGACAAUACGUACGGAAGAAUAAAAAUGAUGAGAGUUCAAAAAAGCUAACAAAGGAAGGAUGCAAACAAGCUGAGAUGACUGGAAAGAAGCUGAAGGAUAUUCUGAAUGACAAGAAAAUCAGUGUGAUAUAUCACUCAGAUUUAAUUCGCGCAAAAGAAACUGCAGAGAUUAUUAGUAAGUAUUUUCCAAAGGCUCAGCUGAUAAAUGAUCCGAACUUAAAUGAAGGCACUCCGUAUUUACCUGAUCCUAUUCCUAGAAGCUCCAAAUUUGAUAGCAAUAGAAUCCGUGUCGACAAUAAAAGAAUCAAUAAAGCAUAUGAGACUUAUUUUUAUCAGCCACCUGGAGACGAAGAUGAGUACCAGUUGGUAAUAUGUCAUGGUAAUGUGAUUCGCUACUUUCUGUGCAGGGCUCUACAACUUCCUCUGUUUGCUUGGCUUCGUUUCUCCAGCUACAACUGCGGAAUUACGUGGCUCGUUUUGGACGACGAGGGCUCCGUCUCCCUACGCGAGUUCGGCUCCGUCUCGCACCUCCCCUUCGACAGCGUCACUUACUUCUGA